AUGUGGAAAGUGCUCAUUUGUUUAGUGUUGAUGACCAGAUCACAAUGUGCCAAUAUUCUGGGAGUGUUUCCAUUAAACCUCAAGAGUCACUACAUUAUAUAUCAAUCAGUCAUGAAGGAGUUGGCUACAAGAGGACAUAAUGUAACAGUCAUUAAUCCAUUCCCGAUGACCAAAGCUAGACAGAAUUUCACCGAUAUCGAUAUAAAGGAAUGCUUCAACAUACCAGGCAGUUUCGCAUUGAAUGAUGUUUACAUACACCAAACGAUUCUUUAUUACGAUUUAGUAAUCACAGAAAUAUUUCACGGUGAUGUGACUUUAGGAUUCGUGGAUAAGUUUCAAGCACAGCACGUUGCAUUUUGUCCAAGUUCACAUGUAUCCCUGGGCAGCCGAUCGUGUGGUUUCAAUACUCCUGUUCCUCUGGUUCCAGGCGUGAUUGAAAUCGCAGGUUUGCAAAUCAAUAAGGAGGAAUCUUUACCUGAGGAUAUUAAAAAAUUCAUUGAUGAGUCCGAACAUGGUGUAAUAUACUUUUGCAUGGGAUCUUUGUUCAAAAUGGAAACUUUUCCUGAGCCAAAACGAAUCGCUUUCCUAAGAGCUUUUAGUAAACUACCUGAAAGAAUCAUAUGGAAAUGGGAUGGUGAUCUGCAAGGAAAAACUGAUCAAAUCUUUGUCUCCAAAUGGAUGCCGCAGAGAGAUAUACUAGCUCAUCCUAAUGUGAAACUAUUCAUAGCCCAUGGAGGAGCUUUAGGUUUGAAUGAGGCCAUCUACGAAGGGGUCCCUGUACUGGGAAUUCCGAUGUAUGCCGAUCAAACGCUCAAUUUACGUCUAUUACAAGCCAACGGAGCAGCAGAAAUUCUAGAAUAUUCUGAUAUCAAUAAUGAUACAGUUUUCACCAAAAUAACCCAGGUUUUACACUCCAAAUACGCCAUGAAUAUGAAAAAAUUAUCAAAAAUAUAUAAAGAUAGACCUAUGUCUGCCAUGGAUACAGCAAUUUACUGGAUUGAAUAUGUAAUUCGACAUGAAGGAGCUCACCACUUGAGAACUGCUGCUGUAAAUUUACCUCUCUAUCAAUAUUUACUACUGGACGUCGUCGCUUUCUUGAUCACUAUCAUGGGAUCAGCCGAUCAUUGUUUCAAAAAAAAUUAA